UCAGGAAAGUAUAAAUCCUAAUGUCGAUUAAUCCUGAUAGCAAGACCACUGUCUUCGUUGGUGGUUUGGACCAAGAAGUGACAGAGCAGCUGUUAUAUUCCGCCUUCAUUCCUUUUGGAAACAUCAUAUCCGUACAGAUCCCACCUGAUCCUGCUUCCAGAAAUCAGCAUCGAGGAUUCGGGUUCGUGGAAUUCGAGUCGAAGGAAGAUGUGAAGGAAGCCAUCGACAAUAUGCACAUGUCCGAACUCAAUGGACGUGUUAUCAAAGUCAAUCUCGCAAAACCACAGAAGCUCGCCAGUGGAAGCAAUAAAGCUAUUUGGGAUGAUGAUGCAUGGCUUCGAAAAUACGCGCUUAAUACUGCUGAAGAUCAAUUGGACGCUAAACCUCAGGAAGACGCAUCCAUGGCCGAAGAGCCCCAAGACAGCGAGUCAUCUGAAAUAGUCUCACAAGCUCCUUCAUCAACUUCUGGAAAGCUUCCACAGGUAUUCUUGGACGUUCGAAUGGGCAACACACCUGUCGGCAAGAUCAUUAUUGAACUUCGAUCAGACGUCGUUCCAAGGACAGCAGAAAACUUUCGAGCAUUGUGUACAGGCGAAAAGGGCAUUGGCUAUAAGGGUGUAAAGUUCCACAGAAUAAUACCACAGUUUAUGUUACAAGGAGGAGAUUUUGAAAAGGGCAAUGGAACAGGAGGAAAAUCCAUCUACGGCGGGAAAUUCAGAGACGAGAACUUCACUCUAAAGCACACCGGUCCUGGUAUACUCUCUAUGGCUAAUGCAGGACCUAACACCAAUGGGUCACAAUUCUUCAUAUGCACGGAGAAAACGGAAUGGUUGGAUGGAAAGCACGUUGUGUUUGGCCAGGUUGUGGCUGGAAUGGACGUUGUGCGCAAAGUAGAGAAAGUAGGAACAGCCAGUGGGAAACCAACUCAACCAGUUACUAUUGUCGAUUGUGGGCAAAUUGUGUAAAUAGAAGCGCCAAGAUCUAAUUAAAUCAGACUGAAAACCAACACGAAUCUUUCAUUGAAGAUAUACUUUU